UCAGUCCGUACCCGGAAGUAGUAUUGCUUGUUUACAUCUCAGUCAGCUGACUUUCAUUCACGUCUUCACACUGAAGCCGAGAUGUUUCUUUACAUCUGAAUAACACGUGAACGUUAACGACACCGUGGUUUCUUCUGCUCAGCAGCUUUCAUAGGCAAUUUACUGCCGGUUAGCUUAGCAUCGUGGAGCAUUUAACCUGUGAGUUAGCAGUUAGCAGCUGGUUAAGCUAGCUGCUCUGCAGUGAAGAAAACUUAGUUUGAGCUGCUGACAGCGACAGAUCCACAGAGGCUGUUCAACAUGGACAAGAUAUCUAAAGAUGUGGGUGAUAUCCAGUCCCGUCUGUUUCACCACAGACCCAUCAUCAACGCAGAGAUCCGCUUCUUCGUGAGAGAGUUUGAGGAGAAACGUGGACACAGGGAGAGCAGACUGCUGAAGAAUCUCAAUAAAAUGGUGGUGGAAGCAAAUGAACAAAUGCAGCCCACAGAUUUAGAGGCUGUGAACCAGGAUUUGAUGUUCAACCUCACCAAACGAUUGGAGGCUGCUAAUCAUAUGGCAGACAGAGUCCAGCAGAGGGAGCUAGAGGCACAGCAGAGCAACCAAAUGCAGCUGAACAUGGAGCGUUUGAAAGAGGAAUGGGCAGACUUCCUGAAGGAGCAGCAGAGACUAAAGGAGGAGGUGGAUGAGGAGCACGCCAAAGCUGUGGGACAACUAAGCACCCACUACAGUGAAAAAAAGAUGGAUCUAGCUAAGUCUUCACCCCUCUAACCAGACGGAGUCUGUGAGACUUCGAGUCAACACACUCUCACUUAUUAUACAAACUUUAUUACGGACCUGGGUACGUCUGCUCUGCAUGUGCGAAAUAAAGGAUCGGAUAUGAUUGAUGUUAAAAGAGCCUCAGAGGUUUUGCUCCUGCACAAGAGUCAGCAUUUCCCAUAUCAUAAAUAUAUGCAUGAUUAACAAUGUGGCAAUUUCACAGGCCAUCAAACUCGUCUGUAUUUACCACAUGGCGCUCGCGUGGCACGCAAGUGCUGCGAGAAACGUCUGCAAUAUGUCAUUUUUAAACAAGCAAUCGUCGAAGGCCGUGACACUCUCUGCAAUUCGGGAUGUUUAAUGGAUGCCUGCCUGAAGGGUGCUUGAUGAUAAAUAUGCAUCCACCUCCAGUUGAAAAGAAUCCGAGAAACAAGCUCAAACAGAACUGCAGGACAAAUCAUCCCUCACCGGCUCCACCGUGUUUAGAACGUUCAGCAUCUGACAUUAACUUCAAGUCGCUUACGUUAUAAAAGGUCUCCACUGAAACCAGUUUGAAUGAUCAGCAGCAGCUGCUUUUGGUUUGCUUUGCCACCUCAAAGCUGAUUUUAAUGAGUCACAAAUCCAAUGUUUGCAUUGCUGGUUAAACAGAAGAAAAACAUCAGUCAUAUUCUGGUUUCAAUUUCCUGCUGGUCAUAAAAAAAUAUCCUCACGUUUUCAGUGGUUGUCAUGCUUUGUGCUUAGAUUGUUUAAAAUUCACAGGAUGAUAAACUUUCCAAGAGUUCAUUUGUGUUUACGUGCAGUUCAAAUACUCACUUUUGUGUUGUUUAGCACAGAGUAAAUACACUGUAAAUAUGAAUUACAAAAGAAGUUAAAUCAUCUCCAUGUGUCGUGACCUUUGAGCUGAAAACCCUGCACACUCUAAAUCAAGUGUUGUUGUUUUUUUGCUCCAGACAAUGGUGGGUUGUUGGACAGGUUAAUGGGUGGGUGGGCACACUGGGGACAUUCUUGGCAUGGCUGAGAACGGACUUCAUCUCAGACGACCUAAUAGAACAAAUAUUUUCACAUAAUUCCCUGUACAUCCCUGCCACACACUCUUUUUCAACUGCCCAGACACCUUCAACUGUCAAAAGUCCUGUCAUCGUCGGAAGAGGCAGGUUUGGAGCUGGCGUCAUCCAUCGGCUAAAGUAAAACAUUUCUGUAAGAGCGGAAUAAGAAUAAUAAAAUAAACCCACAGUGGAGUGAGUGAAUGCACUGCUGUAUCGUCUUUUUCCAUUUCGCUUGCAGUGACCCUGCAAGGCCGCUCUCUGGUCACUGCGCAUGUGCCUGUGUGUGAGUCUGGCAUCAGCGGCUCAGAGCGGGCACAGACAUGCCAUCAGAUGUUUGGAGGAAACAUGCUGCCCCGCGGGUGCUGCCCCUGUCUACGUCUGUGUGUGUGUGCAGGCCUUAUACCUCCGCCUUGGGAGGUAGCUGUCCAUCAGGGAGACAGCCCAUCAUCAGCUAAUGAGGAGUGACAGUACGGAAACAUGGCGAGCUUCUGCCA